GAAAAAGAGGAACAAGGCUGAAAAGGCUGCCCGGCGAGCCAAAGUGAAGGCGGAGAGGGAACAAGCUGCAGCUGCAGGCGAACAGCAGGGUCAAGCCGCGCAGGCUGCGAAGAAAGGACAGGCUGGAGGAGGGAAAGAUGCUGCUGGGGCCGCCCAGAAGGGGCAGAAGAAUGCUGCAGUGCCUCGCCGGGGAUCUGCCCAGGCUGGCUCUGCGGCCACGGAGAAAAAGGAGGACAAGAAUGUUGCGGUCUUUGGACAUCUCUACGGGCAUCCCAGACGGACGACCAUUGCGGGCGCAGCGAAGGAGGUUCAUCCGGCAGUUCUGGCGCUGGGUUUGCAGAUACGAGACUAUGUUGUUUGUGGCAGCAGUGCGCGAUGUGUCGCCACGCUGCUGGCUUUCAAGCGGGUCAUUGAAUCUUACACGACCCCCCUGGGUACUUCCUUGGCUCGUCACUUGACCACCCACCUGUCCCAUCAAAUCAGCUAUCUGUCGACCUGCCGUCCGCUGUCGAUUAGCCAGGGAAACGCUAUCCGCGCGCUCAAAUUGUCCAUCUCUUCCAUUGACCCGUCCGUUCCUGAGGCAACUGCCAAGGCCUCUCUCUGCGACUUCAUCGACAGCUUCAUCCGUGAAAAGAUCACAGUCGCCGACCAGGUGAUUGCCAACAGUGCUGCACAAAAAAUCAACGACGGCGACGUCAUCGUCACCUUUGCAGCAAGUUCCAUCGUGAAACAGACCCUGCUCACGGCCCACAAACAGGGCAAGAAGUUCCGUGUGUCCAUUAUCGACUCGCGUCCGUUGUUUGAAGGAAAGAACCUGGCGCGGUCCCUGGCCAAUGCCGGCCUGGAGGUGCAGUAUUCGCUGAUCCACGGCAUCAGCCACGCCAUUAAGGAUGCCACCAAGGUCUUCCUGGGAGCCCACGCCAUGAUGGGCAACGGGAGGCUGUAUUCGCGUGUCGGCACGGCGUUGGUCGCGAUGUCGGCCAAGGAGCGGUCUGGCGGGGUCGAGAUCCCGGUGAUCGUGUGCUGUGAGACGGUCAAGUUCACCGAUCGCGUCGCCCUCGACAGCAUCGUUGUCAACGAGAUCGCAGACGCAGACGAGCUGGUCACGACGCAGCCACGGCAGCAAGUGACGGGCGUUCCGGACCCGGGGGCCCUUCGAAUGAGCCCAGCAAUAAGAAGGCCAACACCAAUAAUGUCACCGACGCGAUUGCUAGCCUGA